AAAUCCUACCCAAUGUCGGCGCGCCUCGACACGACCGUCCAAACCGAGCCCGAAGACCUCUCUUCAUCAGAUCGAGCUAAAAAACCGAAAAAGAAAACCGGCUUCGAAUCCGAGACCUCAGCAGACGAGGGUGAUACAGACAACGAGAUGGUGUUCAUAAAGAACCCCAACGGGAGAGAAAGCAAGCCUUAUAACGUGGACUUCAAUGCAGGGAAUAUGUCGUUAUUAGGAGCGUUGGAUCUGGACGAAUCGGACUCGGAGAACGAGAAUGGAUUGAUGGAUAAACUGGCGACUGCUAUUGGACACCUAUUUACGGAUGAUUCAAGUGCCGACGACCUAAGCAACGAAGAAGACUCGUCGGCGCCGGAGCAAAGCGAGCCCGAAGGCAGUGAUAAUGAAGACAACGAUAAGGCUGUCUCCUUCACCGACUCCGACACUAAGGCGAAGAAAGAUACGGAGCACAAGACUGUCACGUUGCAGGAGCCAGUGCGAGAAGACAGCGUAGACUCCGGCCUCGAAACGGAAAGCUUCGCAGAGCGCAUGUGCACAUACGUCAUACUCGAAGCUAAGGAAAGCCUCAACAUCACCAUCACACCAGCUGGUGCCCGCGCAUUGUUGGCUUUGUCGGCUGCCAUCACCGACAGGACGUCUGUCGUGUCGGCUAUUGUUACUAGUGAGACUGGACUCGUGCUGGUCAAUGAUAUAGGACCUGGAUCAACAGUGCAUUUAAGGACACGAGCAGAAACUGAUUUAGCAGGGAAUGACAGGGUAUUGGCUAUAGCCGACUAUGACGCCGACGCCAGCCGCCCUAGUACUCCAGGCUGUGACACAUCAGGAGCGGAUCUACUGGACGAUGAAAUCGUAAAAGAACCCAAACCUGAAAUGGCUGAUGUAAGCGAAGAUUGGGAUUGCGUGUUCGAGGGCGGUUUCCCCGCGGGCGGCAUGUCUCCGCCGGGGGCGGGCGCCAGCUGGGCGCCGCCCGCCCCGCCGGCACAGCUGCGGGCCAAGCUCACCGACCUCACGCUGUCUGUCAGGCUGCACGACAUGGACCCGCUCACGAUCCUGUGCCCAUCACGUAACGCAACUAAACUACACGUGCUGCAUCCGAGCCGCCACGAUACGCGAUACUAUAUCGUGGUAGAGCGCGCGUCCAAGUACAACGCCAAGAAGAUCGUGGUCCGCUCGCCAUUGCAGAUCCGCAACGAGACCUCCUACCCUCUCGAACUCUUCUACAAGAAGUCCGAGCUAGCAGCGGCGGGCGCGGGCGCGGGCGCACCCGGUGCCCUCACCAACCCCUUCGACGACAAGCGGCGGCUGUGCGUGCUGGCGCCGCAGGAGCAGUACAACGUGCCGCUGUACAUCGCCUACCACUGCAGGCUGUUCCUGCUGCCGUCCAGCGCACAGUGAGUACUGUGCGCGCGCGCCUGGUGCCCUCACCAACCCCUUCGACGACAAGCGGCGGCUGUGCGUGCUGGCGCCGCAGGAGCAGUACAACGUGCCGCUGUACAUCGCCUACCACUGCAGGCUGUUCCUGCUGCCGUCCAGCGCACAGUGAGUACUGUGCGCGCGCGCCUGGUGCCCUCACCAACCCCUUCGACGACAAGCGGCGGCUGUGCGUGCUGGCGCCGCAGGAGCAGUACAACGUGCCGCUGUACAUCGCCUACCACUGCAGGCUGUUCCUGCUGCCGUCCAGCGCACAGUGAGUACUGUGCGCGCGCGCCUGGUGCCCUCACCAACCCCUUCGACGACAAGCGGCGGCUGUGCGUGCUGGCGCCGCAGGAGCAGUACAACGUGCCGCUGUACAUCGCCUACCACUGCAGGCUGUUCCUGCUGCCGUCCAGCGCACAGUGAGUACUGUGCGCGCGCGCCUGGUGCCCUCACCAACCCCUUCGACGACAAGCGGCGGCUGUGCGUGCUGGCGCCGCAGGAGCAGUACAACGUGCCGCUGUACAUCGCCUACCACUGCAGGCUGUUCCUGCUGCCGUCCAGCGCACAGUGAGUACUGUGCGCGCGCGCCUGGUGCCCUCACCAACCCCUUCGACGACAAGCGGCGGCUGUGCGUGCUGGCGCCGCAGGAGCAGUACAACGUGCCGCUGUACAUCGCCUACCACUGCAGGCUGUUCCUGCUGCCGUCCAGCGCACAGUGAGUACUGUGCGCGCGCGCCUGGUGCCCUCACCAACCCCUUCGACGACAAGCGGCGGCUGUGCGUGCUGGCGCCGCAGGAGCAGUACAACGUGCCGCUGUACAUCGCCUACCACUGCAGGCUGUUCCUGCUGCCGUCCAGCGCACAGUGAGUACUGUGCGCGCGCGCCUGGUGCCCUCACCAACCCCUUCGACGACAAGCGGCGGCUGUGCGUGCUGGCGCCGCAGGAGCAGUACAACGUGCCGCUGUACAUCGCCUACCACUGCAGGCUGUUCCUGCUGCCGUCCAGCGCACAGUGAGUACUGUGCGCGCGCGCCUGGUGCCCUCACCAACCCCUUCGACGACAAGCGGCGGCUGUGCGUGCUGGCGCCGCAGGAGCAGUACAACGUGCCGCUGUACAUCGCCUACCACUGCAGGCUGUUCCUGCUGCCGUCCAGC